CUUUAGUUUCAACUUUUCACGUAGACCAUAUGUUAAGUUUAGAGAUGAGAAAUGAGAAUCGAAAGAGGUAUAUUCAACAAAGUUGUUGACUGCAUUAGUGAUGAUAUAAAGUGGCAAAUACUGUAUUGGUACAAUGAAGUCUGCCUAUAUAUAUAUAUAUCUAUGUAGCCUUUUCUUGAUUUUCACAGCCAAUUUACUCUAAAACUCUUUGAUGCUAAACAUGGGGUCUAGCCAAUUCUCAUUUCUGUUCUUUCUCUGUUUCUGUCAGCUUUCUUUUUGUUCAUCCAUACCUCAUAUAUGCCGCAAAGACCAAAGCUCCGCUCUUCUAGAAUUCAAGAGAACACUUAUCGUAGAUACCUCAUUAGUUACAUGUAGUUCCUACUCUUAUACGAGUUCAUGGAAUAUGAGCAUAGAUUGUUGCUCAUGGGAUGGAGUCGUAUGCAAUGAGCCGACUGGUCAUGUCAUUGAACUUAAUCUUAGUUGCAGUGGUCUUGUAGGAAAGAUUGAUUCCAAUAGCAGCCUCUUCCUACUCUCUUAUCUGCAAAGGCUCGACCUUUCUUCUAAUAACUUCUGUAAUACUAACAUCUCGCCUGAAUUUGGCAGGUUCUCGAGCUUGACAUAUCUUGAUCUUUCUGACUCCUAUUUCUCAGGUCAUAUCCCUUCUGAAAUCUCUCACCUUUCCAAGUUACAGUCUCUUUAUUUCUCAGGAGAAACGCUUCAAUUUGGACCUCACGAUUUUGAAAUGCUCCUUCAGAAUUUGACUCAAUUAAGAGAGCUUCAUCUUACUUCCAUAAACAUCUCUUCCACUAUUCCUCCGAAUUUUUCUUCUCAUUUAACAACUCUGAGCCUUGGAUCUACAGGACUGUAUGGGAUAAUACCUGAGAGUAUUUUUCACCUUCCCAGACUGGAAACACUUGUCUUACAAAAUAAUGAUCAGCUCAGUGGUUAUUUUCCAAAGACGAAAUGGAACAGCAGUGCAUCUCUCGUAGAGUUAGAUCUCAGUGGCGUGAAUUUUUCUUGUCAUUUGCCUGAGUCUGUCGGUUAUCUAACCUCACUGCAUUCUUUGUCUCUUAAAAAAUGCAACCUUCGAGGGCCUAUUCCUGAAUCUCUUUCGAAUCUCACACACAUAUUGGAUAUGGACCUUUCAGAUAACUCCCUAAAUGGAACCAUACCAUCAGGGAUGUUCUCUCUUCCGUCACUCAAUCGUUUAGUCUUGAGUAAUAACCACGUUUCUGGUAUGUUUGAGGAUUCCAAGUCCAAUUCACUAACCUGGAUUGAUUUAAGCAAUAAUCAGCUGCAAGGCCAUCUUCCCAAUUCAAUUCAAAACCUUGUGAACCUAACAGGCCUUAUUCUUUCUCUCAAUAAUUUGAGUGGCCAUGUGGAUGUCAGCUUCUUUGCUGACCUCAAGCAGCUUUGUUAUCUUGAUCUUUCAUAUAAUCGUAUUGCAUUUACCAACGAGAACAAACAUAAUGUUACUUUGCCAGGAUCUCUUAUGAGCUUACGGUUGGCUGCAUGUGAAGUGAAAGAAUUGGAGUUUCUAAGAUCCGCAAAGCUUCUUUGGCAUUUGGAUCUUUCAAAUAAUAAGAUUGAAGGGAAAAUCCCAGAUUGGGCAUGGUCUAACUGGAUGUAUUCAUUGAAACAUCUUAAUUUAUCCCACAACAUGCUGGAAAGUGUUGAGUCAAUUCCUCUUCAAUCUGCAAAUGUCAUUGAUUUGCGGUUCAAGGUUCACUACCUAUUCCACCAAUGUCCACAAGAUUCUUCUAUAUCCCAUAAUAAUCUCAGCGGGGAGAUUCCUUCGUCUAUUUGCAUCUCGACGUCACUGGUAAUGCUAGAUUUGGCAGGAAACAACUUGAAGGGAGCAAUUCCGCUAUGUUUGGGUAAUAUCAGUGCCCUCCAAGUUCUGGAUAUGCACCACAACAGUCUUUCAGGGACUCUUCCAACGACUUUUAGAACUGGAAGUGCACUCAAAAGCUUCAACUUUCAUGGGAAUAAGCUGGAGGGAAAAAUCCCACGAUCCUUGAUCAACUGCCAACAACUCGAAGUUGUUGAUUUAGGAGACAAUCAUCUCAACGACACAUUCCCCGUGUGGUUGGGAGCUAAAGUCCUAAGCUUGAGAUCCAAUAAACUGCAUGGAGCCAUUAGGACUCUAACAACUGAAAACAUGUUUCCUCAGCUUCAAAUAUUAGAUCUCUCCUCCAAUGCAUUCACAAAAAACAUACCACCGGGUUUGUUUCAACAUUUGAAAGCCAUGAGGACAGUUCAUCAAACGCUGAACACACCAAGUGAUGAAGGAAGUCGAUAUUACCAAGACACGGUAGCUUUCGUGACAAAGGGAUUAAAAUUUGAAGUUGUGAGAAUCUUGUUUUUGUACACCAAUGUUGAUCUUUCAAACAACAAAUUUGAAGGAUAUAUUCCGAGUAUUAUGGGAGAUCUCAUUGCACUUCGUGUGCUGAAUAUAUCUCAUAAUCGAUUACAAGGUCAUAUACCUCCGUCACUUGGAAGUUUAUCCUUGGUUGAAUCAUUGGACCUGUCAAGUAACCAUCUUGUAGGAGAGAUACCAGCACGAUUUUCUUCUCUUACAUCUCUUGAAGUCUUAAAUCUCUCCUACAAUCAUCUCGAAGGGUGCAUUCCUCAAGGAAAUCAAUUUCAUACCUUUGAGAACAAUUCAUAUGAAGGCAACGAUGGAUUACGUGGAUUUCCCUUCACAAGAAGUUGUGGCGAUGAUCGUGUAUCAGGGACAAAUCAUGCCGUAUCUGGACAGCUAGACGAUGAAGAGAGCAAUUCUGAAUUCCUGUGUCAUUUUUGGAAAGCUGCUCUUAUGGGGUAUGGAAGUGGGCUAUGUAUUGGAUUAUCCAUAACAUAUUUCAUGAUUUCAACUGGAAACCUGAAAUGGCUUGUAAGAAUCAUUGAAGAGCUGGAGCACAAAAUUAUGAUGGCAAGGAGAAAGCAAAGGCCAUUUGUUCUUCUUCUUCUUUUGGUAUAACAUUGUGAUGUCUCUCAGCUUAAUAUUCAUGUCAAAAUGUCUCAUGUAUACAGUCUGAAUAUGUAACCGGAUAUGCUCGUAUAGGAUAAUCAAAUAAACGUGUAUCCUUACGUACCUGUUCCGUAGGCCAAACAAACCGUACAACUUCCUUAUACAUAUAUUAUACUCUCUGUAACUAACUAGUUGUCUGUCUACCCAAUAAUACAUACAUCAACCAACAAGGUAUUGGCUUCAAACCAUGUAAAAAUGUACAAACUAACACAUCC